ACUACCGCUCACUGCCGCACUCUCUGACUGACUGACUGAGACUGAGGGGAUGCGCCGCCCUCAGCGAAGGCUGCGGCAGAGACCAGGCUUCCUGAGGUGAGGAUGUAUCCUGAAAUAAACUGGGAUAUUGCAGUUCUUCAGCACUGAAUAUAAAACACUUAAGUGUUUCCCAGGACCUUUAGUAAGAUGAUAAAUGGCUCAUUUAAACUGGGAGCUGCCACUAAAAUAUUCUCUGGCUGGCAAAUGCAGUGCCUAGCAGCUGCUAUCAAGGACGAACCAAACAUGAGUGGGGGAGGAGAACAGGUGGACAUUCUGCCGGCCAACUAUGUGGUGAAGGACCGCUGGAAAGUGCUGAAGAAGAUUGGUGGUGGUGGCUUUGGGGAGAUUUAUGAAGCAAUGGAUCUCUUGACCCGUGAGAAUGUGGCUCUGAAGGUGGAGUCAGCCCAGCAGCCAAAGCAAGUCCUUAAGAUGGAGGUGGCCGUCCUAAAAAAGCUACAAGGGAAAGAUCAUGUUUGUAGAUUUAUUGGUUGUGGCAGGAAUGAGAAGUUUAACUACGUUGUUAUGCAGCUUCAGGGCCGGAAUCUUGCCGACCUCAGAAGAAGCCAGCCCCGGGGAACCUUUACGUUGAGCACAACCCUCCGGUUAGGCAAACAGAUCCUAGAAUCCAUAGAAGCCAUUCACUCAGUGGGAUUCUUGCAUCGAGACAUCAAGCCUUCCAACUUUGCUAUGGGACGCCUGCCCUCUACUUACAGGAAAUGUUAUAUGUUAGACUUUGGUCUCGCCCGGCAGUAUACCAAUACCAAUGGUGAAGUUCGACCUCCACGUAAUGUUGCUGGUUUCCGGGGAACAGUCCGUUAUGCUUCUGUGAAUGCACAUAAAAAUAGAGAGAUGGGUAGACAUGAUGAUCUGUGGUCGCUUUUUUACAUGUUGGUAGAAUUUGCAGUUGGCCAACUUCCAUGGCGCAAGAUCAAAGAUAAGGAGCAAGUGGGUAUGAUUAAGGAGAAAUAUGAACAUCGAAUGCUACUGAAACAUAUGCCUUCAGAGUUCCAUCUUUUUUUGGAUCACAUUGCAAAUCUGGACUAUUUCACCAAACCAGAUUAUCAGCUGAUCAUGACUGUGUUUGAAAACAGCAUGAAGGAAAGGGGGAUCACUGAAAAUGAGGCCUUUGAUUGGGAGAAAGCCGGUACAGAUAUUUUAUUAUCUACAAGUACCUCAACUCCACCUCAGCAGAACACAAGACAGACAGCAGCCAUGUUUGGUGUGGUUAAUGUCACCCCAGUUCCUGGAGAUUUGCUUCGUGAGAACACGGAGGAUGUUUUGCAAGGAGAGCACCUGAGUGACCAGGAGAAUGCUCCCCCGAUCUUGCCUGGCCGGCCAACGGAAAGCUUGGGUCAGACUCCUAACGUUGCCUUCAAUGAAGGAGAGGUUUGGGAAGAGACAGAUGUGAACCGCAACAAACUCAGGAUCAGCAUCAGCAAAACACAAUGUUUGGCAGAGGAAGAUCAGAAAAGUGGGGUGUGCCCCAGCUCCCCAGUGCGAGCUGCACCAGACUCACCUACAACUCAGGGGCGCUCUCUGAGAUACCGCCGUGUGAAUAGCCCUGAGUCAGAACGCCUCUCCACUGCAGAUAAAGGAGAUCAACUUGAGCGAAGGUCACGAGUGGAUUUGCCUUGUUCUCCUUCUCGGCUUGUAUGCUCCUCCCAGCCAGCACAGAUGCUCUCCAUUGACACUGGUCAAGUGGACAGGCAGGCGAGUGGCAGGAUGGACGUAUCUGCUUCAGUGGAACAUGAAGCCCUCAGCAAUGCUUUCCGAUCUGUGCCCCUGGCUGAGGAGGAGGACUUUGACAGCAAAGAGUGGGUUAUAAUUGAUAAAGAAACAGAGCUGAAGGACUUCCAUCCUGGUGCUGAACCAAGUACAUCCGGGACAACAGAUGAAGAGCCAGAGGAACUGAGACCCAUUGAAGAGGGUGAGGAGAGAAGGCGAUUCGGGGCAGAAGCGGCAGUCAGGCCAAAAAUACAUGAUGGGAGAACACGGGGUAUGCAGACUGUGGCUGAGGAGGAUAGUUCCCAUAGACAUGAAGGGCACUGUCAGUCAGUUUCUGACAGCAAACAUGAACAGCAACCAGGAAGUCCUGCACAGUCCCCCUUAUAUUCAGCACCAGCCAUCCGACAGCGAAGACGGGAAUCUGAGCCUACUGGUCCUGAGAGACAGGUGUUCACACUGAAGCCUUUAGAAAUGAAUGGUCUCCCCAAGGUGGUGCCUUUAAGUUUGCCUUAUCAAGAUUUCAAAAGGGAUGUGUCAGAAAACCGAGAAAGAUCCAGAAUCUUGCAGCGUGUAAAGAAGGUGGAUUUCUCAAAUGUUGUCUUAACUGCCCCAUGCAAAACACCUGCAACCCAUUUGGAAAUGGCAAAUGGCAAAUAUGAACAGGAGGAAGAGGAAGAAGCAGAAGAGGAGGAGGAUGAGGAAGAGGAGGAGGAUGUUGGUGAGUUAGGAGAAGAGCUUGACAUGCACAGUGACUCAAGCAGCGAUGUGAGCCAGAAAAGUACUGAGCGCAGUCAGGAAGGUGCCCCAUCCACCCUCUUGGCUGAUGACCAAAAGGAGUCCAAGGGGCGAGCUUCAGCUGCAGAAGGAGACUUGGAACUUGAGGAAGGCUCAAAGACAUUGGUUCUCUUUUCACCAGGAGACAUAAAGAAGUCUCCUGUGAACACAGACCUGGCUCCUGAUGUUGAUCUUGGAACUCUUGCUGCUUUGACACCUCAAAAUGAGAAACCUCAGCCUAUGGGAAGCCAGCUGGAUGUAUCUGAGCCAGGAACAUUGUCCUCCAUCCUCAAGUCAGAACCAAAGCCUCCAGUUGCUGUGGCCACAACCUCCUCUCCUUUUACCAAAGUUGAACGCACAUUUGUUCAUAUUGCUGAAAAGACCCAUUUGAAUAUCAUGUCUUCCAGUGGCCAGCUGAUGAGGCACGAAGAUUACCCUUCUCCAGGACAGUUUGAAGAGAUCAUAGUUGAAGAAGAACUAGAAGAAAAUCAGGUCUUGGUAGAAAAUGGAAGUGUGAAUUCAGCCCUAGAAGGGGGAGAGAUGGAAAGCUGUGCUCUCUCAGUCAACCAUAUCGAAACCACCUCUGAUACUGGAGGGGAACAGCCCUUGCUUCUCAAUGGUGUUAGCAAAAUGGAAGAGGAAGAGCUAGAACUUAAGGGCAAACUUGUCCCUCAGUUAGAUUUGGAAGAAUCUGAUAAGCCGAUUUCAGAAGAGGCUGACCUUGAAAAUAAAAUUCUUGCAACUGAAUCCCUAAAACAAAGAGAAACGCUUCCAGAUGUUCCAAAGGAAAGUCCCAAGAAGCCUUUGAAUAUCAGAUACAGAAGCAGGAUUCCCAUCUUACUCUCUGAAGAGGACACUGGUUCAGACCUUUCAGCUUCACACUCUGGCAAAGAGAGGCUGUACAAGCGACUGAAACAGCAGGAUUUGGCCCGCCUGGUGAUGGAGAAAAGGCAAAACCGUCUGCUCAGGUUAGCUUCAGGAGCUUCAUCUUCUGCUUCUUCCAGUGAUGAGAGGCGACGAGCUUCAGAAACCUUGUCAGCCACUGGGUCUGAAGAGGACACCCAUGACUCAGAUGACUUUACUCCAAGGAAAAUGGGGAUUCAGGAGAAAUUUUCAUUGAUUAAAACAGAUGAGAGAAGCCUAAAUUCAAAGAGCAGGAUCCCUCGUCCCAUUGUGCCUGUAAAGCCACCCGUGAUAGAACUGAAAUGUGUGAGCCCUUCAACACUUCCACUACCAGCACCAAGUAGCAGUCCGGGUGGAAUGGAUGCGACGAACAGACUCCAGGUGCAAAGAUCUGGGAAUGUAUCCGGUGACUCCCGAAUAAAACCAGCCCCAAUCCCUGGUACCCCUUCCUUGCGGAGCAGUCCAAGAAAACUCCUCCGUCCUCCAGCUAGGAGUCCUGUUCUCGCUCCACGAAACCUCAGUGCUUCCCCAAAAAGCCUGCCACUGUCCAGAAAGGAAAGUGCUUCACCCUCCCGACAGCACAGGCCAGGGACUACAUGCUCACCGCUGGUCCAGCCUUCUUCCAAAGCUCCUUCCAGAGUGCAGCUGGGAGAUACCCUGGUGUCACCAGGUGUGCUCCGAAAAGGACAAAGAGGGAAGGCCCAAGCCCAAACUCAAACUCCAGCAACCAAAGGAAGACAAGUAUCCCAGGAAGGCAAGGCUACUGCAAGAUAAUGAUCUGCUGCUGCCAACCUUUAGACCUACCGACCUACCAUCUCACCAGGCUGGAGAAACCUCUGCGUAUAGCAUACACUCAAGUCGCCGCAGCGCAGCCUUACUGUGUCGGAAAUACAAGCGUAUAGCAGCUAGCUCUACUUCAGUGCUUCACUUGCCCAUAUGCCCAUGCUCUCUCAGUCCAGCUCCUAACCUGGCUGAGGCCUUGCUGGUCAGCCUCAUGCUUGCUUGCUAUUGCCAGCCACCAAGCAGCGACUCGGGCAGCCUGCCUAGUGCCUGACUCUCCUUCCCUUCACACUGUCUUUUUGGUUUCUCAGUUAGCAAUACUACAGUCUCCUCCACAGAGCCCUGACAGUUUGGUAAGGGAAAUAGCUUUUUGUAACAGGGUGGAGAGGUCAAAGGGCAGUGCUUGACCCUGAAAGAGGAGACUUGGUGUGAACUUCUAGAUUAACCCAGACAGCCCAGUGUCCCCGUCUCCCAUAGCCUCCCCCAUCGGCUGUUCUUUAGUGUGGGUCUCAUAAUGCCACCUGUCCACUCCCCCCACCUGACAGAACAAAAGUCAAACAGAUUCCUUGGUGUCUAAAAUAUUAAGUAAUGGGGUGUUCCUCUAUAACUGCUAGACACCAGAAGAGCAGCCACAUCCUCUAGAGCUGUUUUGGACCUGUAAAAUUUCUCAGUCAGCUGAUCUAAGGGGCUUGUUCUAAGAGAAAUUAUAUAUCUGUUAUGUAAAGGGGUUCCACUAGUCCUAGUGUAUUCUGAAGAAGAGGGACAUGAGUUUUGUUUGUUCAGCAGUGCACCUGUAGAUUAACUACACACUAAAGAGGUAGCAUUUCAUGCAAAGCCAGCAAGGAAAGAGUCCUUAGGGGACCAUGGCAGUGGGUUCUUUCUUGGUAAAAAUGGAAAUGAUAAAUAGAAUAGCCUCUAACUUCACAGUAUGGUCUGUGGAGGCGACAGACUUCCAGUGUGCAGAGUUUUCCCCUGCAUCCAAAUACAAGGCUCACUGACCUAGUUAACUGCCUCUCCUGCUGGGAUCCAGUCUGUCUGCUGCCAGCAGAAAUGCAAAUAGCCGUAUACACUUUGCAAUAGGCUUCUUGUCUCCAGUGGUCAUAUCUGCUUGCUUUAGAAAUCCAGCUGCGGGACCUGUUGUCAUUUACUGUAUUUAGUACAUGUCAGCAUAGCUGGUGUUCAGGGUCAUGUUCGUUGGCAAAAUGGUGAAGGUUUUUGAUGUGGACUAUUGAACCUGUUGAAUUUGGGAAGGGUUUGGUUUCGCAGAAUCCUGUUUCCAUGAGCUUGGCAGAUAAAUGGGAGUUGCAAAAACUUGCUGUCAUGGCCAGGGAAGUGCAUUUUAUAUAAAAGGGCUUACAGUACAUCAAAGGAGUCAACUGUUAGACACGCAGGGCUUUAGCAAAACAGGAACUUAUCAUUGUACUGAGAAGCCUGAAACAAUAAAGGAUGCUGAGCCAGAUGUGACAACAUCUGUCCAAGUCUAAAGGCAGCAUGAUAGGAAACACAGCAUAUGGGAAGCCUGAAGGGAGGAAUUGAUUGAGCAUUGGCUCUGAGUUUGGAAAAACUGCUUUUCAUAGAAUCAGAAUCUUAGAGUUGGAAGGGAUCACAAGGUUCCUUUUUAAACUAUAACUCUCAGAACCUUUCAGCCAGCUUGCCAACUGCCCAUGAUUAUUGGGGGAGGGGGGGAGGAAUCUGGGAUUUUUAGUCCAAAAGCUUUCCAGAUUCUGGUUCUAGGGUUCCUCACCCUAGCUAUGUUUUUCCUCCAUAACUAAGAAGCAGGCCAUAUGAGGAGGAUAAAAAAAAGAGCCUGACUCACUUGUGUAUUUAGGCUGAUGUGUUUUGCUUACUGUUAGUUCCUUAAAGCUGACAUCAUCCCCUUACAAAUUUGACAGGACAAAAUCCUUGUGCUAGGCCUACUUUUCUAGACAGAGACAUGACCUGGUCACACCAGUAUUCAGUGGGUAUCAAGGACUUGCUUGUUCCAGGCAAAUCUUUGGUAACUAUUUUUUCAAGAGAUGCUUAAAUCUCAAGAGUAUCUGUGCAUGUCCACAUCACUGGCAGAAUGAUGUCCCUCUUUUUUGGGACUUGAAGGCACAUACACAAGAAUGUGGACUUUGCAGCUAAAACAGCGUGAAUCCCUUCCCAGUCUGUCCAGCAGAGGGAGGCUGAGAGACUAUAACCAUGUGGCUGUUGUAGCUCUCACCCAAGAAAUUAUGGGAAUUAUAUUCCUUUGAGAAGGCUAUAAAGAGUGGUAUAAGAAUUAUGGGAGACACAACAGACACAUCUCUUUGUUUUGUAUUGUAGGCAUGGUUUUAGCUGGAAAAAAACCAAGAACCCUGAAGCCCAGCAAUAACAACCCUGACUGUGUUUAUGCAAGUGGGGCUUCUAGGAGAGAUAAAAUGGCAGUGGAGUUUUGAGAGCAGACACCUUACAUUUUCACAGUAUUUUUUAAAUACUGUAUUUGCCCCCCCCCCAAUACAAUACAACACAACACCUUAAUUCCCAGAUCUACCCAUUUAGAGUUGCAGGAAUCUCUAGAGUGUGUUAAAGAUCCCUGAUAUAGGAUGGUUCUAUAGCUAGCAGAAAGUUCUGUACGUCCUUGGGUAAAAUAUCCCACUUUUAAAGAACAGUGGAAACAAUAAAAACACGCAUCAUUCAUACCCCAUUCUCUUCCCAUCUACCUCAUCUCAUGUUGACUCUGCUGGCUGGGAUUUGUGGGAAUAAAACUCCAACAGCAUUUAGAGGGCUACAUGUUCCUCACCUGUUUUUAUAUUGUUCAAUAUAUUGUUUAUAUUGUUCAAUGAUAUUUAGGCAUAAAUUGCAAGUUUGGUGUGACUGGCUGGCCUAUGCACAUUCCUUGUCCAUUGAGACAGAUGCUCAACUUGGUGGGAAAUCCCAGAGGAUUUCCCAUAGAAUCAUGUCAUUCUCAAGAAUGGCUGGGGAUGGUGGCUCCUUCAUGUAGCCGUCAUGUCAGAAAUGUCUUCAUGAAAUGGGUUACAAUUGACCAGUACAGUGGACCUUUCAUACUGACAGGUUGGCUUUGAUGACCCACAGAUUGCCAUGCCCCAUAUUAUUCAAUGGUGCAUGCAUGCAGAUGUGCUGAUGCAUUUGUGUGAAUGCUGCCACUAUUGAAUAAUAUUAUUUGCCAUCCAUGGGGGGAGCAGAACUGAUGUGAAGGUUCCACUGUAUCUGGAAAGGCUUCCUUAUUUCUGGAGUCAAGCAGCAACAUCACAAAAGUAAGGAGUAUGAAAGAAUGGCUUAACUACAGCUCUGUCUCAUUAGUAUCAGUGCCAACCCAGGUCAGUUUGCUGCCUGAAGCUAAACACCAAAUAGUAUUUUCUAGCAUUCUGGGUCAAUCCUUUAAAAAAAAUUGUUGCACCACCAAGGUUUCAAUUCCUGCUACCAUCUAUUCUUUUGCCUCCUCUUUGUCAUUCCUUUCGUUCCUUCCAUAGUUUGCCUGACUAUCCAUUCCUAAACUGUGCCUGUUUCAUCUUUCAGGUGCUGUCAUAGAACAUCUGAUGCUGGAGGUUUUCUUAAAGAUCCUUCUAGAGAAAGUGUGGUCAUUUAUGCUGUCAUAUCUGUAAUGUGUGUUUCUAAUAGGCAUGGCCUGAGUGAGAAACAUUCAGAUUGAGAUUACUCUAGAGGUUGACAUUAUCUGAGAGCAAGCUCUUAGUCAGUGUUAAUGCAAUGUUAUGAGCUAUCGGAAGGGUAGGGUGCCUGUGGUAGCCAACACUGUAAAAGGAGCAGUGGUAGAGCACAUGGUUUGCAUUCAAAUGAUCCAAGGUUGAGUUACAAACAUCUCCUAUUGAUGAACAUAGAUAGAUUUUGUUUUAAAAAAACCUCUCUUUCUGAGACCCUGUGGAAGAUUAGUAGGCCACAUUAGCCCCCCCCCCCCCCCAGUACCUGCUCCUGCAAAUAAAUAAAUAAAUAAAUAAAUAAAUAAAUGCCCCCAAAUGUCUCUAGGGGAUAUGGAGGCAUUUCUACUAUGUUUGAGUUUCAUAAAAGAGUUCUUCUGGGCCUAAAUUGGCUCUCUCCCCCCCUCCCCCAAUAAUGUAGUGAAAACUCACACCAUGCCCCUUGAUGGACAUUUUGAGAGCUGGGGGCAAAAAAAAGAUUUGGAAGAAUUUUGUAAAAUGUUUUUGACCCCUGGGAAGCCUAAGGAACCUCCAAACAUGGUGGGAAAGCCCUCUGAAUCCCCAAGAGUGCAUGCAAUAUUUUCAAGGUCUGGGUACACCCCUGGUACAAUUUAGAACUCUCAUAGCUGGAGUUGGUAUUUUUCAGUCCUCCAAAUGUUGGUGGUUUGCAGUUCCAACAUCUCAUCAUUGGUUGUACCAGUUGAAGCAGAUGGGAAUUGUAGCCCAGCAACAUCUGGAGAGCCAUAUGAUCCUUACAUGAUCAAGUAUCCAGACCAGGUGGGAAGCCAUUGCAGGUUUGGCAAACUCUUCAUUGCAGAGUUUUUCCAACAUGUGCAAAAAGGUGGUGUUGGAAAUGAUAGAAGCGGCAGGGCAACUGCCAUGUCCCCAACCCUCACUCAUAUAAUUCUGUUCAAAUGAGGCUUUAAACAACCAUUUGAGACUAUUCUGUGGGAACAGAAUUCUAACAUUAGAAUGUAGAAUGGUGACUUGAAUUGCACCUGGACACAUAUAUUGACUCUGUGCUCAUAGCAUUGCAUUAGCACUGGCCUUUAGAACAGGACUUCCCUUGGUUCUCAGCAUUUGAGGAAGUCACAUCACACUACUGUAUUCCUUGGUUGAGACCUUGGAGACCUUUGAAAGCCCCGUGAAAUGUAAUGCUUACUCAGCUAAAAGUAGAUGAGUCUAACAAAAACUGGAUUAUGCACGGCUGUGGAUUAUGCAAUUCUCAUUUCAUGAUCUCUCAAGAUUUAGAGUGUGCCCACACUGUAAAAUUAAAACAGUUUGAUACCACUUUACCUGCCAUGACUCUAGCCUACAGAGGCCUGGGA